AUGGAAAAAAAUUCGAAGGCUAUCUCGUCACAAAUAGCUUUCAGACGAGUAGCCUUGCUUUCAUCUGGUUCAUUUAGUCCGCCAACUUACAUGCAUCUUCGAAUGUUUGAACGUGCUCGAGACUAUCUCGAGAAAAUUCAUGGAUGUGAAGUUGUUGAGGGCAUAAUGAGUCCAACAGCAGACAAACUUGGCCGAUCUGAUAUGGUGGCAGCUAAACAUAGAUUGAAAAUGGUGCAGUUAGCUGUUAAAUCAUCAUCCUGGAUCAGAGCAGAUGGCUGGGAGUGUUCACAAGGUGAAUGGACAAAAACAAUUCAUGUUCUGAAUCAUUUCAAGAAUGCUUUGAUGUGUAAAUAUGGAAGUGAGCAUGGCGGUAUUCAGUUAUUAUUUCUUUGUGGCGGUGAUGUUAUCGAGAGCAUAACAAAAUUAACCAUUUCCGAUGUGAUGCUCUGGAACACUAAACAAAUAGAAGAAAUUGUCCGAGAUUUCGGGGUAGUUGUAGUAAUGCGCGCAAAUACCGAUCCUGCCAAUGCCAUUUAUCUUGCUGAUGUACUCCGUGAACAUCAGAGAAAUAUUUUUGUGAUUGAAGAUGAAACUUGUCCAAACGACAUCAGUUCAACUCGUUUAAGAACAGCAAUUCGAAGAAAAGAAUCAAUACGAUAUUGUACAAACGACGAAGUUAUACAGUAUAUCGAGAACAAUGCUCUUUACAAAGCAAGCACAUCGUUUCCAGCUAUAGGAAUGAAAUUGCACAGUGUAUGCAAAUCAGCGAGCACAUCUAAUUUAUCAACAAAUAAAACUGUUAUCCCUUUUGAAAGCUGUUUGAAACAUUCAAAACCAACUUUUUUGCCAUUGAAACGCGCAACCGCUGAUACUGAAGAAUUUUAUUAUAAGUCAUUUGUGGGACAUUCUAAAAAGGAUUCAAAUCAGUCAUAUGUUCUGGAAACAAGUCCAAUUUGGUGUCCCUCGAAUUCAUUAACCAAGUAUUCAUCAGUCAAUGAAGAACUUGAUUGCACCAAUUCUUAUUCACUGUCGAAGAUACAGCAAGCAUUGCCAAUUUUAACCGCAAAUAACCAUUAUUCUGCGAAAGUUCCAAAUCAACAUAAGCAAGCAAAUUUUUGGUCAUCAGAAUCUCUGGACUAUGAUAAUCUAACUUUAGAUGAAUUGUUAGCAGUAAGUACUGGUUGGACAGAUUACUUUAAUACCAAGAAUGAUGAUUUCCAUGGACUAACUGAAGAAGAAAAAAAAUUAGCAUUACAAACUACAAAUCUGCAGAAGAAAAGUGAACAAAAGAUUGUACACCUGAAUGUUUCAGAACCAGUACAGCAAUCAGAAGCAAAUGCGUUGUCAUAUAGUGCUAAAAAUUUGGAAGACAAGCAACCACUGCAGAAGGAAUACCAAAAUAAUUCGUUGUUGCACACGAAGUAUGAAAAAUCGGAAAUCAAAGAUUGUAAUAAUGAUGUAAAACUGAUAUAUAGAAAGUAUGAGUUAACUUCUACCCCCGAAACUACUGUUUAG